AUGUCAAACACGAAUGCCGGCCUCUUCCUCACGGCUGUGCUGGCUUGGUUUAGCCGAGAUGUCGAGAGGGUGAUCAACCGUCUUGACGCCGUUAACAAUGGCCGGCCAAUUGAAUGGAGGACGGAUACUGUGACGGACUUUCGUGGUCAUCCUAUUCCUGCAGGCGCUGAACGACUGAUCCGCUGGGAUGACCGGCACCCUGAUCAAAUUUUCCAACAUGGAUUUGUGCCCCAGUAUGCGCCUCCAGAAGGGGACGCUCUCCCUGACCAGUAUCUCAAUCUGGAGACAUAUGUUGGACAGAACACGCAGUCCAUUUUUGUCAGCACCGCCCGCUACUACAACCAAGACGGCCGCAACCAACGAUGGACGCCUCGCAACAUAGCCAAUCGUUUUGAGUACGAGGUCUUCGCCUACGGUGGCAUUGAUAUUAAUCUUAGCUUGGGCCACGCUCAUCAAUACAGUAACCAAAGGGAGGUAGCAUUCCCCGGCGGUAUCAGACCGGAAUUCAUUCGAACCGCUCGUGAAUAUAAUGCAGAGGGGCGAAUCACUCGCAUAUGGGCCAACGGAGGCUUCAAUACACAGGCUAAUGGUGCCGGCAACUCACCUGAGCUCCGUCAGCUCCCGGACCCAGUAUGUGGUCCAAAUGUCCCCGUAGUGUAUUGGACUGGUCCCAAUCCCAAUCAACAUGACGAGCUCAAACGAGACACGACUUCUACGAAUCCCAUGCGUGAAAGUGGCGGCCCUCAGGUCGAUGACUUGUCUAAAGAUGAAUGUCCUGCCCUUCUUCAGCCAAACGAGGAGAUUGAUUCUGUGAAACUUGAAGUCCAGCUCUCUAACGACCUCUCGUCCGGAACUGAUGAUAAGAUUCUAGCAAAGAUCGGGACCGGUGAGAAAUUGAUUACACUCUUCAAUGGCCCCAGUCGGGGUGAUUCCAACACGAUCGAGGUAAAUCUGCAAGACGUUUUUGGAAAGAGCAAAAUCCGUAUCACCGAUCUGGAAAACUUGGUCAUAUUCCAGGCUCCAGUGCCUCACCCUAUUGCCUCUGAUGACUUCAAAUUGAAAGGUUUUACACUGUAUAUUCGCGCCGCCCAGUCGGGCCGACGCCUUGCAAACAGCCAAUACAGCUCAGUGGACAAGUGGCUGGGAACCAACAGACCUGAUCUCACGACUGUGUGGUCCGGAAAGCUUGAUAUUCGCCAGUGGCUUGAUGACAACAAUGUCUAA